AUGGAGCCUUGUGCAGCAUGGAAACAGUACAUGAGAGAGUUAUGUUUCUCCACCGAUUCGUCCGAUGAGGAAGAUGAGUUGGUCCUAGCGACGCUUACCGCAUGGCAUGCCGACGUCGAAGCUUCGCGCAGAGGGCCGUGGGGCGGCUCCGUCCCCGGGCACCGGCGCAUACCUAGGAAUCGGCUGGAGGGACACAAUCGGUUGUACAAUGACUACUUUGCUGAGUCCGCAGUGUACCCCGACUACAUUUUUCGGCGCAGGUUCAGGAUGAAACGCGAUCUGUACUGCAAGAUUGUGAGGGAGGUUGAGGACCAUGACCCGUGGUUCAAGCAAAGGAGGAACGCUGCCGGAGAGCUUGGGCUGUCACCCCUGCAAAAAGUAACUGCCGCUUUCCGUAUGUUAGCUUACGAUGCUCCUGCAGAUUCUCUCGACGAGUGCCUCCGGCUAGGGGAGAGCACCAUCAUCGAGAGCAUGCGGCGUUUCGUGCGUGCCAUUGUCGAGGUGUUCGGUGACGAGUACCUCCGGGCUCCGAACGAGGAGGAUACUGCUCGAUUGCUGGAUAUGAACCAGCGUCGAGGGUUCCCCGGGAUGCUUGGAAGCAUCGAUUGCAUGCAUUGGAGGUGGAAGAACUGUCCCACGGCGUGGUCCGGUUCGUUCAGGGGCCAUGUCAAUGCACCGACUAUCAUUCUAGAGGCCGUGGCGUCGCAGGACCUAUGGAUUUGGCAUGCCUUCUUCGGAAUGCCAGGUUCAUUGAACGACAUCAAUGUGCUGCACCGGUCUCAUCUCCUUGACAACCUUGCUGGGGGAGUAGCACCCAAGGUACACUACUCUAUUAAUGGCCACCAUUACACGAUGGGGUACUAUCUUGCAGACGGGAUCUAUCCGGAGUGGGCGACAUUUGUGAAGCCCAUACCAGCUCCAGUAGGCCGGAAGCGUCAACACUUCAUGGUGCAGCAGGCGGCUGCACGAAAGGAUGUUGAGCGGGCAUUUGGAGUGUUGCAGUCCAGGUUUCCCAUAGUCCAUGGAGCGGCGAGGUUGUGGGAUCAAGAAACCCUCAGCGACGUAAUGACGGCGUGUGUUAUCAUGCACAACAUGAUAAUCGAGGAUGAGAGACCGGGAGGGGCUCUCGAAUACGUCUACGAGGGUUCGGGCGAGGACGCGGUGCCGUAUAGCAGCAAAAUGGCAGCAGCUACUUCCAGGUACAGAAUUAAACCUGCAUACAGGUAUAGCAACAAGUGCACAUGCAUACUUCCUGGUACGAAGCAGUUUCAGUACAGGCAGAACAUAGAAAUUGUUCAAGGUCCUAUGGAAUUGAACACAAAGUAUGCCGUAGAUGGAAAAUUCUAUCCUCAACAAAUACAGCAACAAUAA